GGGCUUAUUUACGUCGAAACCUUCCUCGUCCCAGCCGGGUCAGGGAGCAACGCCGGUGGGAUCACCACCAAGGAUAAACUCGGCAACAACAUCCUCGUCGAGGACUGGCUCAAGGCGCAUGGCCCCAACGACCGCAUGCUCGCUCAGGGAAUCAAGGGUGAUCCUACCUACCUUGUGGUGGAGUCCGACAAGACCCUCGCCGUGUGCGUGCAUUUUGGCUGUGUGGUGCCGUGGAACGACGCCGAGAACAAGUUCCUCUGCCCCUGCCAUGGAUCCCAGUACAACAACCAGGGCAAGGUUGUCCGUGGACCUGCACCUCUGUGGCUGGCCCUUGUUCACGCCGACGUCGACGACGGCAGGGUCAUCUUUGUGCCAUGGGUGGAGACCGACUUCAGGACUGGCGAGAACCCCCGGUGGAAGUAAGCGGCACAAGCUCCAACAGCAAUGCUCACUUGUGUGUUAAGCAUCCUGCCAGUCCUAAGAACGAUGCUAUAAGAGUACUGCUGCUAUAAAUUCACUUGUUUCUUGUAUCCAGUUAUAUGUAUACAGUCUA